GUCUUCUUGUGUGUGUGUUUUUUUCCAUUUUAUUUCUAGCGUCGACAUUCUUGAAGCAAGCGUUCGAGGGGGAAUACCCAAAACUCUUACGACUGUACAAUGAUUUGUGGUCUCGCCUACAGCAGUUUAGCAGCGCGUCAAAUGUACCUUCAGCUACUCUUGUAUCGCAAAUGGAGCCUUCAUUCAGUCUGUUUCCAGCACCUGAGGAUGACUUUAGUAUAAGUCCCGAACAAGCCUUGAAGGACAGCCUUGCCCCGUUUGAGAAUGCCUACCUGUCCAGGUCUUUGUCCAGACUGUUUGACCCCAUUAACUUGGUGUUUCCCUCUGGAGCACGCAAUCCUCCGUCCAAGGAAGAGCUGUCCAGUAUCGCAAAGACGAUUGGCAGUGAGCUGAGUGUUGCCAGUGUCGAUGUGGGUCUGACCAUAACUGUAGCAAGGAAUGUCGCCAAGACGAUACAGCUGUACACCGCAAAAUGUGAACAACUGGUGAGAAAACCUUUUUCGGUUGUUAUUAAGCUAACUUGAGUCCAGGAGACACAAAGAGAACGAGAGUUUUGAGAAGAUUAGGUCAAGGGAGUGGGGCGAGAUUAAGUUGCAGGCCGGGAGAGGGACUGGAGAGGAGUUUGCGACCACAACAAAGGGAAGGGGUGGGUUGAAACAUCUUCUGAAACUCUUCAGUGUGACUUACGAAUUGCGAUAAUUUGAUGACAUGUGGUUUGGCCUUUGGUAAGGUAAAGCAAAUCCAAUAUUAUGAAUUAGCCUAGCUAAUUGUGUAAUGCCCUUAGCUACUCAAAUUUUAUGUUAAGAGUUUGGGAUAAUGUUAAGUCUUAAAUCUUGGGUAAAAGGCGUCAUUGUCGCAUUUUGAAAGCGCGAAGCAGUUUACUCGACGGGGCAUUUAAAGGAAAUAUAAAUUUAUCUUUCGACUACGAGACAAAUUGAAGAGGGUGUUUAUUUAUAAUACUUUUCUGUUAUUUAUUUUUAUAAGACGAUUAUACAUAUUACAAAUGUAGAUUUACCAUGCAAAAGCCUAACACAGUAAAGGACUCUGUUAUCGCUCUCCUCUGUGUUUUGCUCUCUCACUGAUUAUCUCCUUUAAAUCCUUAGUGUUUUCCUGUUUGGAAUCAUGUUCUCCCAACGUAGUUUCUAGUAUUGUCUUCUUUUCCCACUCUGCCGUAUCCAAAUGUUCUUCAGUGUUGAAACACUCUGGGCACCCCAGUUCUUCGAUGUUUGGGUUAAUAUUUGAAUUACAGACCGACCCUAUGGAGGGUGUAUUAUCUUGUUGCAGUCGGCAGUGUCUACUUAGUGUUGGUGUGAAUGAUGUGUCCUCUGCUGUUCUAGCAGUUGAUGAGUAAUCCUUAGCCAGUCUAAAUCUUUCCCUUAGUGCCGUAAAUGGCUUUGCUUUUAGCUCGGUUUGAGCUGGUGUUGCAAACCGAAAGAUGCCUGAGGAUUCAAUCAAACAAGUUAGCCAACAAUAACAGCACAGUGGUUAGGCUGCGGG